UGUUGCUGCAUCUUCAUGUUUAUUUUAUAUCUCAGUAAAGCCAAUAAAUCAACAAUAAGUCCCAACAGCCUCCUGCUCUGUGGUGCUGCAGUCAAAUCUUCCUCUAACAAAUCUGUUUCAUAUAUUUUAGGUGUUGGUGAUCAAACCUGUAACACAGUGACUUACACCAACAGAAGCAUCUGUGCCCUCAAAGGUUCAUCAGUGGACAUUUCUUGCAUCUACAGUCAUACACAUCCUGCUGUGUCCAAAUUCUGGUUCAGUCCUGAACGUAGUCAUCAGUGGCAGCAUCGCUCACACCCCGAGGACCUCAGAACAGACUCCCACUAUGCAGGUCGUGUUGAGGUCAUUGAAACAGAGAGAGGACGCUCGACUCUGAGAAUCAGAGACCUGACAGAAAGGGAUUCAGCCGAGUAUCACUUUAAAUUCAAAUCACAAAGCUUUGAAUGGAAGAGUAGUUUACCUGGAACAACUCUGAGUGUCACAGCUCUGCAGGUGAAGGUGAGCAGAAUAAUAUCAGUCCAGCAGACUCAGACUGAGGCAGAGCUCAAGUGUCAAAGCAGCUGCAGUCCAGCUGGUCGUCUUUCUUACGUCUGGUUCAGGAACGGACAGAAAAAGACGACACAGCAAACUUCUGCCUAUACAGACUACUUUAAUCCUGGAGACAUCAUCUCCUGUGCUUUCUCUGGAUACGAGGAUUACCGCUCUCCAUCAGUGUAUCCGUCAAAGCUUCCCUCUGUGUCAGUGAGUCCCUCUGGUGAGAUAGUGGAGGGCAGUUCAGUCACUCUGACCUGUCGCACACAUGCUAAUCCAGCAGCUAAGAACACUUUGUACAAAGGCAACCAAAUCUUGCCUCUAACACCAGAAGGUAUUUAUAAUUUCACCUCCAUCAGCUCUGAGGACAGAGGAAUCUACGACUGCAAGACUGAGGAUCAGCUCUCUGUGUCUUUAUUCAUAGAUGUCCAGUAUGCUCCAAAGAUUCCCUCUGUGUCAGUCAGUCCCUCUGGUGAGUUAGUGGAGGGCAGUUCAGUGACUCUGACCUGUAGCAGUGAUGCUAACCCAGCAGCUAACUACACCUGGUACAAGGAGGAUGAUGACUCAGCAAAAGCAUCUGGACAGAACUUCAUCAUCACUGACUUCAGACCUGAACACAGUGGAAGUUAUUACUGUGAAGCCCAGAACACACGAGGACGUCGCAGCUCCACCUCCCAUCAUCUCACUGUUGUGACAGGGGAAUCAAUAAUAAUACAGAAUAUUAUCAGAUUAACUUUGGUGGUCCUGAUGCUGACUCCUCUGCUUCUUGUGAUUUUGUGGAUGAGCAAGAAGAAACCUUGGAGCUCUACAGCUGAAUCAAAUGAACUUAUGGAGACAAUGGAGAUGCAGUCAAACCAUAAACAGGACUCAGCUGAUGGAAACAGAAAGUAAAAAACAGCACAGUGGAGAGUGAUGCUGAUGCAUACAGAAUUAUAUUUUUACUUUUAGCUCCAGUUAUAUAAAGUUUAUUUGUCAGCAGCAGAACGUUAGACUAGAAUUACAGCUUAUUUUUAGCCUUCUCUUACCUGUUCAGAUUAUGUGUAGUACAGAAGUUCUUAUCCAAGGUGUAUUUUUAGAUUCAUUUGUUUGUAAAAGUUAAAGAUGCAGUAAAAACUGCUCUCCCAACAAAAAGAUGCUGAUCUAGAAGAAAAUAUUUUACAGCACUUGCGGCUUGUUUUUUGUUAACAAAAGAGAAAAACCUGCAGCUACAACAGCUCUGUAUAUUGAAGAUCAGUUCCCUGUGAAUGCUACAGAGGUCAUCAUUAUGCAACAAGUUUUUCAAAUUGAAAUAAACUCUUUAUUUUUUCAGAAUAGACGUUUCAUGUACUUCUCUUUCAGAGGUUGAUGCUUGUCAUUGCAACACAUUAUUACAAAGGUAGAACACACCAUAAAGCAAAAAUAACUGCUUCAUGAAUUCAGACAUCGCUAGAUUUGAUAUGAAAAUAAAUGCCAAGAUUAUAAACUCUGCCAGUUAUCAGCAGCUGGAUAGAUUUACAAGCACAAUCCCAAGACCUGACACAGCAUGCUAUAUGUGACCUGCAUUAGAGUGGUCAUUGGAUGCAUAUGCAAGGAUAAAAAUAAUGAUGAGCUUGACCUCAUAAUGAUCUUUACCUGCACCAAACAAUUUAGCUAGAGUCUACCUUUAUGUAGUACACUGUGACAAGGAGCCGACACACUCACAAGCAGUGAUUCAGGACAAGAGUCCAUUUAUUCACCUUCACGGUGUCAGGGCUCUGGGUCUUGGACCCAGCUUUUGAGUUACAGCAAUACAUCACGUGUCUGAAUUUAAAGGGAUUGUUUUUUUAUUUUGACAUACUCUAUUAGCACAAUUAAUCUAAAUUUAGACAAAAAACAUAAAAUCUGAGUAGGAAGAAAAUAAAAAGCAGUGAUGUGAUGACAGUGGGUGCAAACAUACAAGUACUACAGGCGA